AUGAACGAGGUGCCGUACUGCGAGCUCUCCAGUAUUGUGUUCAUGACUGGCGAGGAGUGCGGGAUCUGUGACGGUCUCAGCAGUGACGUCAGUCGACGUCACCCCAUCACCAACAUCAUUGACGGCACUGACGCCUGGUGGCAGGGCCCGACCCUGGAGCGGGGUCUGGACAGCCAGUGGAUCACCAUCGAGAUGGACCUCAGACAGGAGUUUGAGGUGGCGUACGUGAUCCUGAAGACGGCCGUGUCGCCAGCACCCGGCUCCUGGGUGUUGGAACGCUCCCUCACCGGCACCGACUAUCAGCCGUGGCAGUACUUUGCCGCCAGCGACGCCGCCUGCCGCGAACACUUUGGUCUGGAGCCGACACCGGGCAAACCAAAGUACCGAGCGGCCGCAGAGGUGAUCUGCACCAGCUACUUUUCCAAGCUGAACCCGCUGAUGAAGGCGCAGAUUUACGUGCCGCUGAUCACGGGUCGGCCCACCUCGGAGCGGCCCUCCCAGGAGCUCCUCGAGUUUGUGCGCGCCCGGUUCAUCCGUCUCCGUCUGCGCGGAGUGCUCACCCUCAACUCGCACGAGCCGGCGCUGUUCGGUAGCCGACCCGACCCGCAGCUGCUGAGGUCGUACUUUUACUCGCUGAGUGAGGUGACGGUCGGAGGUCGGUGCGUGUGUAACGGCCACGCCACACUCUGUCCAGUGGCGCCGGAGACCGGGGAUCAGCGAUGUGAGUGCACUCACAAUACGUGUGGCGCUACCUGCGACCGGUGCUGUCCCCUAUACAACCAGCGCCCGUGGUCCCCGGGAGGCGGGUUCCCAGGGGCCUGUGAGAAAUGUCAGUGUCACGGCCACGCAGAGGAGUGCUACUUUGAUGACGAUGUGGCGAGGGAUAAGAAGAGUAUCAACACAUAUGGGAAGUACGAGGGAGGAGGAGUCUGCCUCAACUGUCAGCAUUUCACGACGGGUAUCAACUGCGAGUCGUGCCUGCCGGGCUACUACCGGCCCUCGGGAGUGUCUGCGGACGACCCUGAGCCGUGCCGGCGGUGCAGCUGCGGCGCAGAGGGCGCCACCGGCGACUGUGUGCCCGACGACAGUCGACUCAAGGAGGGUCAGGUACCGGGCUCUUGCAUAUGCCGCGAGGGUUUCGCCGGCGAGCGGUGUGACCGCUGCGCCCGCGGCUACCGCGACUACCCGCGCUGUGAGCCCUGUCCCUGUGACGAGGCGGGGACCGUGGACGGAGAGUGUGACGGACAGAGCUGCCUCUGCAAGGCCAACGUGCGCGGCGCCCGUUGUGACAGCUGCAAGCCGGGCUACUACAACCUGCAGGCGGACAAUCCGGACGGCUGCACAGAGUGUUUCUGUUUCGGACUGACCAGUAUCUGCAGCAGCUCCUACCUCGGCGUCGAGAACGUGACGUCGAUCGUGCCGUGGACGGUGGUCUCACUCGACGGCUCCGUCUCCACUGAGCCCUACAUGGACGGCACCAUCCAGCUGGUAGCCAACGACGAGAUGGCCGCCGACAUCGGCGGCUACUACUGGCGGGCGCCGCAGGAGCUGCUCGGGCUCAGGGUGUACAGCUACGGCCAGCCGAUGGAGUUCCACACCUCGUGGGUGGUGCGGCGAGGAGACACGGCUGGGAGACCCAUAAAGGGACCCGAUGUUAUACUGGAGGGCGACGGUCUGCGGCUCGGAUACGGCCACAACAUGCAUGACGACACGGAGGCACACAUUAGCGCUCUGCUCACCGAGAAGAACUGGUACAGAAUGUCCACCAAGGUGAACCGUAUCGCUCGACGUCGCCGUGAAAAGUACGACCGCGGCCUGGUCAGCCGGCGUCAGCUGAUGAGGGUAUUGGGCAACAUGACCCGGCUGCUGGUCAGGGCCAAGUACCACAGCGACCAGAUUGAGGGAGGCCUGCACGACUUUGUUCUGAAGAUCGCGUCGGAGAGUUCCAUCAGCUCGGAGCGCACCACCUCUGUGGAGCAGUGCGACUGUCCUCCGGGCUACGCGGGCCUCUCGUGCGAGCUGUGUGACUUCGGGUACCGGCGGCUGAACGGCACGCUUUUCAGGGGCGAGUGUGUGCCGUGCGACUGUCACGGGCACGCCGCCGACUGCGACCCCUACACCGGACAGUGUAGCGAGUGUUUGCACAACACAGUUGGGGACAACUGUGAGCUGUGUGCCCCCGGUUACUAUGGUGAAGCCGUGCGGGGCACUGCGGACGCCUGCCGGCCGUGCGCCUGCCCCACGGAGGCAGGGGAGGGCGGACUGUCGGCCUCCUGUCUGACCGAGCCCGGAGGGGAGGACUACGUGUGCACCGCCUGUCCGCCAGGACACGAGGGCAAACACUGCGAACGGUGCGGCGCCGGUCACUACGGCUCGCCGCUGACCCCGGGCGGCUCGUGCCGGCCCUGCGACUGUAGCGGCAUGGCUGACCUCUCUGACCCCGAGGCCUGUGACCCGCUGACCGGAGAGUGCCUCCUGUGUCAGGGCCACACGGCCGGAUGGCACUGUGAGGUCUGCCAGGACGGAUUCUAUGCAGACGCUGACACCGGACUGUGUCGACCCUGCGAGUGCGGCAUGUUUGGCUCUACGAGCCCGAUCUGUGACCAGGAGACGGGCCAGUGCUCCUGCAAGGAGCUGUUUGUCGGCACCAAGUGCGACCGCUGUCAGAACCGCGGCGGUAACAUCGAGGCCGACUGCCUGGAGUGUUUUUGUGACCUGGCGGGCAGUCUGGGUCCGCUCUGUGACCCCAGCUCGGGUCAGUGUCAGUGUCGGGCCGGUGUCACCGGUGUCAACUGCACCGAGUGUCUGCCCGAGCACUACGGGUUCGGCCAGGACGAGGGCUGCGUCGGGUGUCGGUGCAACAAGCUGGGCUCCACGGACAGCACGUGUGACAUCAUCACCGGCGCCUGCACCUGCAAACCGGGCGUGGUCGGACAGCAGUGCGACCGCUGUCAGGAGGGCUACUUUGGCCUGGAGUCGGGCGCCGGCUGCCGGCCGUGCGAUUGUGACCCGGAGGGCUCGUCGCCAGCUGUCUGUGACUCGGUGACGGGUCGGUGCCGCUGUAAGCCAGGAGUCGGAGGGGAGCGGUGCACCUCCUGUCUGCCGGGCUACUUCCAGCUGGCCGCCGGGGGCUGCCAGGAGUGCCUGCCGUGCAGCCAGCCGGGUCACCUGUGUGACCCGGUGACCGGUCAGUGCGUGUGUCCGCCCAACACGGUGGGUGCCAGCUGCGAGCGCUGCACACUCGGCCACUGGGGCUGGAACAACGUCAACGGAUGUCAGAAAUGCGACUGUGACCGGCUGGGUUCACAGUCCAGUGAGUGCGACGUCACCACCGGCCAGUGUCGCUGCUUCGACGGCUUCGGCGGUCAAAGGUGCGACCGGUGUCGAGCCGGGUAUUUCGACUUUCCGCGGUGCCAGGCGUGUCGCUGUGACCCGGACGGGUCAGAGUGUGACGCGGACGGCAGCUGCGGCUGUGACCAGGCCGGACAGUGCCGCUGCAAGAAAAACACCCUGGGUGAGAAAUGCGACCGCUGUCUGGAGGGCACGUUCGGCAUGUCUGCCGACAACCCUGACGGCUGCACGGCUUGCUUCUGCUUCACCAGGAGCGGACAGUGCUCCCAGGGAGAGUUCGUCUGGGUUCCACUGUCGCUGCCGGACAGCCGGGCCGUGACGCUCACCGACGACCAGACGCGUCUGAACGUCACCAACUCACUGCGCGUGCUGCCCGGAUACUCCGGUGACGUGACGGUGGGCCUCAAGUACCCGUCCGACGCGCCCAUCUACUGGCAGCUGCCGCCAGAGUUCCUCGGGGACAAGGUCCGCUCGUACAACGGCCACCUGCGGUUCCGUUCUCGGAGUUUCGGCGGCUCCCGGCCGUUCCCUGCCAGCAUCCUCUCCAGUUACCCGCUGGUACAGCUGCAGGGGAACACCCGACUGGUGCUGGAGCACUACCCGCCCACCACCAGCCCGGACGGGUUCUACCAGGUCAAACUCCACGAAAACUUCUGGCGUGUGAAGGGCGACCGUCGUGCGCUGGUCACCCGUGAGAUGCUGAUGGUGGCCCUACAGAACACACAGCACGUGCUCAUCCGCGCCACCGACUACAUAGACGCUACGCGGGCCGAACUGUCGGAGGUCAGCUGGGACAUCGCCGAGCCGACGUACGGCCACGCCGGCAGCACCGCACUGGGUAUCGAGCGCUGCGCCUGUCCGAGGGGAUACAACGGGUCCUCCUGUCAGGACCCGAGUAUCGGUUUCUACCGUUCGUUCACGCCUGGCUACAGCAACAGUGAGAUCAUUAUAGACCUGGUGGGCGAGUCGGUGCCGUGUCAGUGUAACGGCAGGUCACAGGUCUGCGACCCCGACACCGGACACUGUCAGAACUGCACGGACAACACCUCCGGCCAGCACUGUGACGUGUGCGCUCGCGGUUACUACGGUAACCCGUCCGAAGGUCCGUGUCUGCCGUGUCUGUGUCCGACCGCCCAGCUGUCCAACGCGGAGACGUGCUUCUCAAACUACCAGGGCGGCUUCCGCUGCCAGUGUGACCCCGGAUACACGGGAGAGAGAUGUGACCAGUGCGCGUUCGGGUACUACGGCUCGGCUCUGGAGCCGGGGAUCGGGUGCAGGGCGUGCGCCUGUGACCCGGUGGGCAGCAUUGGUAACACGUGUGACGCUGUCACCGGCCAGUGUCCCUGUCGGACCGGCGUGGUCGGGAGGGACUGCACCCGCUGCGCCCCCCGGCACAUCGUCACCGAACGAGGAUGUGAAGCAUGCCAGGACGGCUGCGUGGAGCUCCUGUUCGAGAGCCUCGACUCCCUGUCGGCCAUGGCGUCUGCUGUAAACCUGACCGGCGCCGGCGGCGCGCCGUGGAGACGUUACUACCAGUUCUCCAACACCACCGAGACGGUGCGGGAGGAGGUGCAGCAGUAUCAGGAGAGCCAGCUCACACUCCGGGCCAUGUACGAGACGCUGGAGCUCGACAAGUACGCCACCACCAUACUCAUUCAGGCGGAGGAUCAGCUGAACGCCCUGUCACCCAAAAUGGACGAUGUCAGGCAGUUCCGCAACGAGAUUGAAGAGAUUUACCAGGAGGUCAAAAAUACCCAGUUUCAGGCUGAAGACACGGUGGCCAAACUCCGUAACUACGCCAUCGGUGAGACCUCCUCGGCGGGCGUCCAGGACGCGCUGCUCGAGGCUGAGGCGCUCCUGGCCAGGAUGCAGGCCGUCCGGCUGGAGCCCGCCAUGGCUGCUGCUGAGGCCGAGCUGCUGAGCGCCGCCACCCUGCUGAGCCGGCUGAGAGACAUGCUGAGCAGCAGCCCCGGACGGCUGAAUGACACCCGGGAGCGGCUGGAGCGGCUGAGUGAGCGGCUGGAUGAGAUGACCCGACUGGUGGCUGACGGAGUUCGACAGCCGAUAGCUGAGCUGGGGCUGCUUCUGCCGGCGCUGCAGGAGCGUCUGACGGCGCUCAGAGACGACCAGCAGGCGGUCAAGGACCUGGGUAACAUGUGUGACGGCACGCUGACCAACACGUCCAGCCUGCUGGCGGAGACCCGCCUGCUCUAUGACGCCGCUAAGGGAGACCUCGUCGACCUCCGAGACCGUCAGCUGGAGGUGGAGCGCGCCGAGGAGCGGCUGCGGCGGCGAACAGACAGUUUCAGUGAACUCAGUGAAGACUACCGUAUCCGAUACGUGCUGCCGGCUCAGGUGCACGCCGCCACGCUGACAGCCCAGGCCGAGCGGCUGGAGGGUUCGUUCCAGGCGACCCGCCAGGAAGCGGACCUUUCACUGCAGGCUGCCGAGGCCUAUCAGAAGAUCGUGGACGCGCUCAACUCUGCCCGUCAGGCAGCGGAGGAUGCCAGCGCCGCUGGCCAGAGGGCUUACGAACAGGCAUAUCCCAGAGACACGGACUCCCUAGUCUCUCUGGGGACCCAGGCGAAAACGAAGUCUGAGGUGCUCUUCGAACAGGCAGAAGACCUCCGACAUCAGGUGGUGGUUUUAUCUGGCAAGAUGGCAGCCAGCCGCGCCGGCAUUGACAUCAUCAAUGGAACUCUGCUGGCCACGCGAGAACAGAACGAGGAGAUUCGAACCCAGCUGGCGCUCAACAACGUGGAUGAGCUGGCCACCUCGGCCGGCGCCGCCUCUGCGGACGCCAUGGCCGUCCUCAGCGCCGUCUCAAAGGUGGACGAGCGGACCCAGAGGAUCGAGGACAACAUUGACACCGUGCUCCGACCCGGCAUGGAGCUGGUACAGGGCGGCGGCGCAGAGAGCAUGGGCAACUUCAGCGCCAUGCUGUCCGCGGCCCGUCUGAGUAUCACCGAGGCCGACAUACGCGCCAUGGAAGUGGAGGAUCAGGUGGACGAACUCCGCGAGAUGAGCGACAACGUCGGACUGAAGCUGCGCCAGCUCAAAAACAAAAUACUGAAAGCGCGCCAGGCGGCGACCAAUAUCCGGGUCUCACUGACGGAGCGCGGAGCGCCGGAGGGCCUGUGCAGCCGCACCUACCAGGCGCCGCAGCUGCAGCCCAGCACCGCCUCCUCUGUGAGGCUCAACUACGCCAUCUCGGACCCCAAGACGCGGGACGCCCUACUGCUCUACCUGCCGUCAAAGACUGAGAGCGACUUCAUGGCUCUGGAGAUGGUCAACCGUCGGAUCCGCUUCAUGUGGAACAACGGCGGCCAGACUCGGAUGGUGGAGCACCCGCGGCGGCUCAAGACCAACAGCGAGCAGCUGAUGAAGGACCAGCACUGGUACAUCAUCGACGCAGAGAGGAUCGGCAGCCUGGGCCGGCUCUCUGUUCGUCCGGCGGCCGGCGACCGCGGCAAUCUGCCCGAUACGGUGUCCAACUCGACCAGUGACGGUCUGUCCAUCAUGGACCUGACGUCGUCAGACCGGGUGUACGUGGGUCUGCCGUCCGACGGGCCUGACGUCGGCACCACCACGCGACGAUUCGCCGGCUGUCUGUACGAGGCCACUGUGAACGGUCAUCCACUGGGACUGUGGAACUUUGCCCACAACGAGGGAUGCGGCGCCUGCCGCGCCGGGCCCAGCUCGGACGGCAUCCUGGCCAGCUCGUCGUGGUACAGCUUCAGCGGCAGCGGCUACGCCGAGCUGCCCGCGCUGAACCCCACCGGGCGCGUUCAAAACAUGCUCUACUCGGUGGUACUCAACGUCAAAACGUUCGACGAGGACGCCCUGCUGUUUUUGGCCGUCAAUGAGGAGAAGGACCAGUUUUUCAGUAUCGAGCUGCGUGACGGACAGAUCGUGACGCGUGUCGGCUUCAACAAGAGCGACAUCCUGGUGGUGACGUCCAACGGGCGCUACAACACCGGCGAAAGGACCACCAUUGAGGCCACCAAGUCAGGCGGAGACGUCGGUCUGAAGAUCAACAACGGCGAGGAGUUCAAGGAGGGCACCUUCCACCCGGAGUCGUCUGGCCGCUCGCGCUACCGCCGCCCGCGCUACCAGCUCAGCCUGGACUCCUCCCGGCUGUAUUUCGGCGGCGUGCCGCCCGACUUUGACCGCGCCCGCUGGCCCGAUGUGACGUUCGUGCCGCUACUGGGCUGCGUGGAGGAUCUGCAGGUCGGGCAGACGGCCCAGAACCCGCUGGUCGGCAACUCGACCGGAGUGGCGCGCGAGUGUGGACGACAGCUAAUGAAGACGGCGGGCUUCCACGGCGAGGGGUACGUGGAGCUGAACUCACGCCGGCUAAGGAAAACUGCCACUCUGGGCUUCACGUUCAAAACGGCCGUACCCAACGGCCUGCUGAUGCUGUCCACGUUCGCGACCAAGGAGGAUGAGAAGCAGCUGCCGGUGUCGGCGACUGACCAGGGCAGAGCACUGAGACAGAGAAGGGUGCCGGCCGAGAACCCACUCAACAACGAGUACUACAUGCUGAGUCUGAGCGAUGGGAAGCUGGAGCUGCGUGUGAACGGCGGCGGCGGCGAGGCGGUGCUCACCUCCAAACGGACCUUCCACGACGGCCGACCGCACACGGUCACCGUGCUCAAACAGCGCAGACAACUGGAGAUGCGUGUGUCGGAUAUCGUGGUGGCCACUGGUCAGCUCCCGCGCCGCUCCGGUACUGUCCAGGCGCCGGAGAGCGGCGGUCUGUUCCUGGGAGGGGUACCGCCGGAGCUCUCCUCAGCGCUCAGCACCCCCGCGCCGCCCGCAUUCGACGGAUGCAUCUCGGACGUCAUAUUCGGAGACAGUCUGAUGCAGUUUGACGCGCCGCUGCGUCACAAACGCGUCACUCUGGGCCGGUGUAAUGGCGACCUGUUCCGGAGUAGGAUGCUGCACGAAAUGGCCAGUGAGCCGGAGCCGACCUCGUGCAACAAGCCCUCACAGGUCACACUGGAGGCCAGGGCCGUGAAGCUGGGAGACGAUCCAUUCAGCCACGUCUUUGUACCUGUUCAGAGGAAGAACCUCAGGCGGAACUUUAACAUUACGCUCGAUUUCCGGACGUUCUACCCUAACGGACUGCUGCUGCACACUGAGAGUCCGUCUCGGAAGCGCAGCUCGUCUCUGACGCUGUGUCUGCAGGACGGCGCCGUGCACCUGACGGUGCGCCGUAAACGGCGGGCGGUGCAGCUCAGUGCCGGGGCGCGGCUCAACGACGGGCAGUGGCAGAUGGUGACCCUCGUCAAGGCGAAGCGCAAGUACACGCUGCUGGUGGGCGGGGCGUCUCCGGCUAGUAGGCGUGGUCCGCACUCUAUCCGUGUGGGGCGCGCCCUCUACGUCGGCGGGGUGCCGCCCCAGGGUAUCGAACUGCGGGGUCAGGACAGCGACUCGCGGAUACCCGGGCACAAGAAACUGGAGAUGCUGAAAACUGAGGGCUUCAAGGGCUGUAUGAAACAGCUGGGUAUCAACGGCCGCGUGCGUGACCUGCCCUCGGGAAACAACAUCAUCCACCGGGUGGGCCAGUGCAUGGCCAGGGUCGAGCUGGGCACCUUCUUCGCAGGAGACGCGUUCGCCAAGUAUGCCGAUGCAGUCAAGCUAGGCGACAAGUUCGACCUCAGGCUCGACUUCAGGACCAGCCGGCUGAAUGGCGUGCUCGUCAACCUGCUCAACGACAACGGCAGGGCCAUGCUCUCACUGGAGCUGCGUGACGGUGACGUGGUGUUCACCGUCGAUAACAGCGCCGGCCAGCCUAUCGAGGCCCGUCAGUCGUUCCCCGCUAAAUACCUCGCCUGUAACAACCGGUGGCACACCGUCCGGGCCACCUACGGCAAAGACCAGGCGAUUCUGAAGGUGGACCAGUAUCCGGAACGGUACGGAGUGUCCAGUGUCAGUCUGGCACGACCGCCGACCGCCGCCCUGCCGCUCUUCCUGGGCGGAUUGCCAGAUUCUGCACGAACAUCUCUAACGCCACCGACGGACAACUUCAAGGGCUGCAUCCGCAACAUCGACAUAAACGGCGCGCGGCGCGACUGGACAGACAUGGCGGAGCUCAGCAACGUCCUGCUCAACUCUUGUCCCGUGCAGCGCUGAACAGUCGGCGCUGAGAGGCCAGAGCCGAGCGGCCAGCGCUGAGCGUCUGCCCGCAGUCUGGCAACUUGAGUCCGGACUGCCGUCUGCAGUCAUUCCUAUAGUUGACGCUAUAGCCGGGUCUUGUCGCGCUAUGUGUAAAAUAGCUGCGCGAAACAACCGCCGGCAAGGGUUGUUAGAGUGUGAACAAAUGUAAGUAAGAAUUUUAUUGAAUGACUCGGAUGAGAUUAAGUAUGUAAGAAGAGGGAGGUGACAACGAGGAGUUGAAUUGCUUUAUGUCUCGAGUGGAUAUUAUUGUCUAUUGAUUGCCCGUUGUGGUAGGAUAGUGAUGUGACGAUUUGUGCCUGAAAAUUUGAAAUGUUUUAAUUACUAACAAUUGAUCGUGGAUUUUAUCGAUCCUGGAUAUUUUCAUGUCGAGGCAUAACCUGGCCAAAAUACCGCAGCAUUUCCAGCAUGCAUAUGGUCUCUUAGUGAGUUAGAUCUGUUGAUUCAAGGUCACGUUACCGCUUUAAUGAUGCAUGGUUUGUGACGUCAAACAGUAAUGCAAGCUCUCAAGUUAUAUUUCCUUGCACCAAUGAAAACCGCGAUUUAUGUCUCAUUUUUACUACUGAUGCAUGGCUUAAGUAUACAUAUGAUCACUGAUGCAUAUGAUAUGGCGCCUAUGAUCAUCGAUUGUCGACCUGUUUAGAACCUGCAUCCAUAUUCAUGUGUGUGUGUUUGGGAUUGCAGCUUCUUUGACAAGUGUAGCCGCCUGUUAUUUAAGAAUGCAGAGUUUGUGGCAGCUGACGCGACUUAAUCUUAUUCGACGACAGUCUUCCCGAGACGAGCGUGGUGUUUCGACGACAAUAGAGCCAUCUAUUGAUUUUUUCAUAUCCCAUUAUGCCUAUGUUCAUGUCGCACCACGCCCUUCCCUUGAUGUGCUGCGUAUUGUGUAACCAGUCCCUGCUACCAUUCGGCAUAAAUGCGUGCUGUCAAUGUAUUUGUAUGAGACAUUGUUCUGCUUUUUUGAUUCAUAUCUCAUGACUCAAAAAACUGCUGAAGUAUCGAGUGCUCGCAUAUUUUUAAGAAGUAAUAAUUGUAGCAUCCAGGACACUGCCAUUGUAUCCAAUAGAUCAUUUUCGUGAUUCACUGUGCAUUGACCACGUCAUGUGCCUAUUCAAAUGACGAAUAUAUUCGCCUGGAUUUA